CGUUAACAUGACAAAUAAAAUUUAAUAGAGUUAAUAAUCGAGCUUAAUAAUAAUUUUAGAAUGAUUUGGAGCUGUGAUUAAUGGUUUACUCAGAGGAAUCUUUAAUAAUCGCAAAUUUUGUGACUAAGAUAAAGGCCACAAGCCCUUACGCCUGUGAAUUUUUGCCUCAGGAUUUGGAAUACUUGGAAAGUGACGCAGAUGUGGCCUUUUAUCAAAAGUAUAUAGAAACUGGCAGGGCAGAUAAGAUUAAGAAAUGCGCUCUCGACGCUUUUACUAUAAUCCGGGACUUUUCUCAGUCCUACGCUGAUUUAAACUGGAAUCCAGGCCUUAAAAAUAUCGAUAUCAACACCUUCAAUGUUAUAUAUCCCAUUCUAAGAUCAUCACUAGACUGCCUCCUAAAUCAACUAAACACCAAUAACACCGUUAACGGUACCGCAAAUCGUGGUGUUAAUGGAAGAUUGAGGGAGAGUAAGGCGAAUAGUGUGGAUUGUACUGAUUCUGGAACAUUGACGUAUGAGGGUUUAUUUCUCCUGAUAAAGACGAGUUUGGAGUUUAUUCACCCGCUGGCAUAUUCUACAGACGGGGUUGUGUUAUCACAACUAAUAAAUCUAUUGGGGAAAACAGCGUAUAAUUAUGAGUUGACAAGUGCUAAUUUAACUUGUAUAUCAGUUUACCUUUGCAGACUUUACCUGUCAGGAUUUAUGGUUAAGAUGCCAGAAAACACUAAGCUCAUCUUCAGACAGCAUUCGGUACUGUUUUACAGAGUAAUUUCAAUCGCAGUUUCAAGAUCUGAGAGGUCAUUGGACUUCAACGUCAUACUCUUCAUUAACAGGGUUAUUAACAGCAUUUUAUAUGUUAUUAAUGGUCAGAUUGCACCUGACAAGAUUAAUGAGGAAUUGAUCAUUUUCAUGACUAAGAUUAUCGAUUGCUGGUAUUGCUCACUGGUUAAAUUUCUCAUUAAUUGUAGAAACCAAAAGUUUAUCCCCGUUUCCAAUAGAGAAAGUACAGUAAAAAGUGAUGAGGAAGAAAGCGUAUCAGAUUUUGAUGAAGAUAGUGAAGAAGAUUAUACAGACUCAGAAUCCACAUCAUCUAAAUCUGACACCACUGAACAUAGCAACAGUGUCAAUGGAAUUACUAACACUCUGAUGACCACGGAUAAAGAAAUAUUACUGAUGAAGAUAUGUAAGUUGAUGUACCAAACACCGAAAUUACCACCAUCACACAGGAUGAGAUUGAUAACUCAAGUUCUAAUGGUAUUAAAUGAGACAAGUAAUACUGAAUUACAAAUUGAAUCGAUCAACUGCAUUGUGGUACUAUUAGACUUUACAAAGGAAACAAAUAGUUCAAUAUUAAAGUGUAACUUAAUGAUGUUGCUGAAUGCGAUUCUCACAGUGGUGGUGGAUAAACUUGAUAACAGCGUUGUGGGCCUGGUGGAAGUGGUGGAUAAUCUUGAAAUUGAGAAGUUCCUAGCAAUUGUCUACUGUACGGGACAAGUUUUACAUAACCUCAUCACCUUCAAAUAUGAAUACAACGAAGAAUUCAAUGAUAAAUUUCUCGCCACUCAAUUACAACUCAUCACCAACAAUCAAGUUCAAACCCAAGACACUGUGAUGAUAUCAUUUGAGGCGAUAAGUGAUAUAAUAAAGUUAUACAAUGAGUUGAUGAAGCUGAAUGAUGAGACGAUAGAUGAGACGAUAUCGACUAUAAUAUCCUGGGCAAUAUCAGAGAUACCACAAAUGUACGAAAACGCCUUUGAACACAUACUUAAGCUGUCCACACCAAUUUGCUGUCUACUGUUUAAAACUAAGAAGGAGAGAAUUAUUGAAGGCAUUUCAGGUAAAUUUGGUAAUAGAACCACUACAACACAAAUCGCAUUGUCAUCACCAAAACGUUGGGUAAUGGGCUCAAAAAUCCUACAAUCGGCUCUAUCCACCUAUUCACAAACACGGAGUAGUAAUACAGAUGAUGCAAUGGAUACUGAUGAUAUUGUUACUAACGGUGGUAAACGUGAUGGAGUUGAGACUGAUGUCAUUACAGAACCUAAUCCCACUAACGACCCCUCAGAAAUUGAUGUAAAGUAUAAUAAGUACAGCGAACUGGUGAAAACGAUGUUUAUAACAAUGUUUGAAAGUUUAUUGAAUGUGAUAACGGAGUGUUGUGGUGAAGUGGAGGAGGAAGUUGAGAGUUGUUUGAGCGCAUAUUUUCAUUGUUUUGGACUUGAAGAUUAUUUAAAACGGCUCCCUCUGACGAAUUUAUAUGAAAUCCCAAUCACGAGUGAGAAUUAUCACACAAAAUCGUACAGGUUUAUGAUUCCAGUACUGAAGAGACAAUUGAAAGGCUUCAAGUUAUCUUUAUUCCCAAAGUACAUUUUACCCGUUCUUAACCGCAUACAAUAUUUCGUAACCAAAACUUCCAAAUUCGAUGAAAUCGUCAAUAACAUUACCAGUGCCAAUGGUAACACAGGUGAUUCCAGUAGUGGUGUCACCAAUGGUAGUACUAAUGGUAGUAAUAAUGGUGUAGGCGCAGAUGAUGAACUACAACUUUUAACAAAGGUGCAUGAAGAAUAUGAAAGGAUAUAUAAUGAGUUGUUAUCUCUAUUGUUGCCAUUAUCACUGGAUCCAAAUGCCAUCUCCGUGUUAACGGAGAAUAACUAUUUGGUCCUAAAGUACAUAGUAGACUUGUUAAAUGGUGGAGUGGAGAAGUUCAAUAUUUCCUGCAGAGUGAUAAGUAAUUUAUCAAAUUUGGAGCCUGUAUCACUGGAUUUAAUUGGAAUUUUGGUUAAAAAGUACAUUGAAAUUGAGGGCAGUGGCCUGAAGAAUUUGGAGACUUGGAACAUGUGUGAUGGGAUCCUCGUGGCUAUAGGAAAUGUGGCUAAGUAUUGCCCAGCAGAAAAUUUAUCCAGGAAUUUACAAUCAUUUGAAAAAGCGUUAGGGAAUAGGAAAAAUGAUUGUUUAAUUAAAUUAUCUAAAGCACUUUUACCAUCAGUACCUGGAGAACUCAAGUGUAGACUACAUCGUAACUUCCUAAAACAGCCAAGAAAUCGGUUCAUUUACAUUGCAAUAAAGACGUCAAUAGAAACCGCACAGCAGUUGAUGGAUUCAAAUUCUGAAUUAGUAAAGAAAGUACACGCAGAAUUAACUAACAAUUUGGUCAACAAUGUAGCAUCUAACGCAGAUGUGGCCAACAACGAAGUUAACAACGGUGGUGCUGUUAAGUCAGAUUUGUCCAACACAGACUCAGCAAAGUCACCUGUGGCUAAGCAAGGUCUAGUGAAAACAGAAUUAGUGAACCCGGAAUUAACAAAUACAAACAUGGCCACCAGUGACGUACCUAAACAAGACAAUAUUGAUUAUGACGUUGAAUUUGUGAAGUCUGUAGUGAGUAUUGAUGGGAUGACAGAGCUGGUGAAGUUUCUGGAACUUUUAAGUGAGACUGUUGAUACUUCUAAGCAACGAGUCUUAUGUUUGCAUAGCUACACCAAGUUACUCCACUUCAUCAAGACCAAUUUCACCAAUGUUAAUUACACCAAAUUGGUAACUUUGGUUACAAAUCCUCUGGUUUUUGAGUCUAUCAUCAAUAGCUAUAGUCCUAACAAGGUUAAUAGAACUUGCGCUUUCUCAAUAUAUGAACUGCUCUGCCUCAUUAACACGCACGACGAUGUCCUCAAAAUUACAAUCUCCACAAUGUACUAUAAUCACAAUAACGUCAACAAAGAUUGUGAGAUGAUAAACAUUGGAAUAGUGAAGUUGUUGUGUAAUAUUUAUUCAAAGAGUUUUGACAAGUUUGAUAACUUCGAAACGAUUCGACUGGUGAUAUACUUGAGUACAAGAAUAAUCUCAGCGACAACGCGAUUCUAUAUACAGAUUCUGAAAUUCUUCAGAAUUGUAAUGGUGAACAUGAACCAUGACAACUUGGUAAAAGUGACUCCAAACAUAAUGAAACUAUUCAAUAAUGAACGGUGUUGUUCGAAGGCCAAGAUUUACGUUAGAAGAUUAGUAGAGAAGAUGCUAACCAGGCUUAAACGUGAUUAUCUGUUUUCCAUAUUUCCCAAGGAGCACUUUUCACUAGUCACAAAUAUAAUCCAGACUAGGAAUAGAAGAUUCAAUAAGUCAUUAUACACAUCUCACAAGAGUAGUAAACAUGAGGAGGAAGAUGAAGAUGAGUACGAGGAACCGACUUUGGGUAGGGAUGAAGAUGAACCAAUAGUGAUAUCGGAUGGCGAUGAUAGUGAUAAGGAAACGUAUGUAAAACCAACAGUGAGGAAGAUACGGGAAAGAAAAGCUGCGUUUAACCCUAAACCUACGAAUUUCAGUUACAUUAAACUUAACAGAAGAGCACCCAAAAAAGAACAAAUCAAAGUACUCAAAAAUAUCAUGAAAAAUAAAAAGUAAUCU